UGAAGAUCUAGAGAAGUUACAAUACAACGCAGAGAGUUCACCUUCUUCACAUUUCAGUGAAUUUCUUAAAAAUACAAAGGUUUGAUGGAGCAUCUGUUUAUAAUCCUGUUUUUCACAGGAAUGGUUUCUCUCAUCUUGUGUGUCCCUCAUAAGUACUACCUGAUCCAGCAGGGGAAGGUAUGGAGUGAAGCUCAGAAUUACUGCCAAGCCAUUCACACUGACAUAGCUGUCAUAAAAAGUAAUGAGGACCUGGUCCAACUUCAGAAUGAAGCACAGAGACAGCAGUUUAGUUCUAGUGCUUGGAUUGGAUUUUACAAUGACAUCAACAGCUGGCGCUGGUCCCAUGCUAAUGAACCUCUAGGAAGUAUCACCUUCUGGUCUCCUCCAGAGCCCAACAACUGGCAUGGAGAAGAAUCGUGUGGUAUGAUAUCGUCAUCGGGUUGGAAUGAUUUAAACUGUGCUAGACUCUUCCCCUUUGUGUGCUUUGAUGGCACUCAAACUGGCAGUAAUCGCUACAUUUACAUCUCAAGCGCAAAGUCAUGGCUUCAAGCUCAAAGUUACUGCAGACAGUAUUACACAGAUCUGGCCAGUGUUCAUAAUGCAACAGAAAACUCAGUUAUACAGGGAAUAAUACCUGGUGACACUUGGUUUGGUUUGUUCCGGGACACCUGGAAGUGGACAGACCCAACCAACUUUACACUCAGCUGGAUCAUUGGACAACCUAAUAAUUACUUUUGGAAUGAAAACUGUGGGUAUAUAAAUAAUGGUGCGGUUGGUGAUGCACAGUGUUCAGACAAAAAGCCUUUUUUCUGUUACUCAGUAAAACAACAAAUCUUGAAGAUGAAAGUAAAGUUCAAUCAGAAUUUAAAUGAUUAUGCAACAAUUACGGCCAUCUUGGAGCAACUCAAACAGAAACUGGAUAAUUGGACGAAAAAGAACAUCACAGUAAAAUGGAGAGAGCUACAAGAUGGAAAUGUGUUUUACAAGGAGAUGGAAAAAUCACUGGAGUAA